GCCCUGGGAGACGUGACAGUGCCUGAAGGGGGUGGGGACAAAGCAUCAGGCCCACCAUUAGCACCAUGCUCCUGGAGAUCCUCGUGGUGCUCUGCUUCAUCCCCACUGCUGAUGUAACAGAAAACAAGAUUUUAGUAGCUCAGAGUCCUUUGCUCACUGUAGCUAACAAAAAUGCAACUCUAGUCUGCAACUACACAUAUAAUGGAACGGGGAAGGAGUUUCGAGCUUCACUGCACAAAGGAACAGACAGUGCAGUUGAAGUUUGCUUUAUUUCCUGGAACACGACCAAAAUUAGCAGUAAUUCAAAUAAAGAAUUCAACUGCAAGGGGAUUCAUGAUAAAGACAAAGUCAUCUUCACUCUCUGGAAUAUGAGUGCCAACCAAACUGACAUCUACUUCUGCAAAAUUGAGGCCAUGUAUCCACCCCCAUAUGUCUACAGUGAGAAGAGCAAUGGGACCGUCAUUCACGUGACAGAGACACCCACGAAAAUACAAGAGCCUCAGUCUGCAAUUCCUUUGUGGACUAUGGUGGCAGUGACUGGAGUUCUUGCUUUCUACAGUAUGCUGAUAACUGCAGCUUUUAUUAACUACCGGCAGAAAUACAAAAAGAAUCUGUACCAUCAGAGUGACUACAUGAACAUGACUCCCCGGCACCCACCAUACCAGAAGAACAAGGGUUACCCAUCCUAUGCACCAACACGAGACUACACUGCAUAUCGGUCCUGGCAGCCAUGAUACCCAUCAGCUGACCUGCUAGUGGCCUCGUGUGCUUCUAGGCAGUCACUUGCUCUUGGACAUGGAAGGACGGCCUCUCAUUUUCUCAUCAUGUUUGUCAUUAUUGAUCAUGGAUAACUACACCAUAGCAAGUAUUGGCUAAACUUUGAUAUAAUAUACUAAAACAAAACCAAACACACACAAACAGGGGGGAAGUAAAGAAGGACUGUUUUCCAGGAUGGCUGAAAAUGAGAUACAACUUGUGAUGAGGGUUGCAGUGGAUAAGACAGAAAGAUGGAAUCAGAACUCAGGGCUAGGCUCCUCCUAACACUUGUGGUUUUGCCUAGCUGUUAGGAGAACCAGAAUGUCCGACCUUUCCCAAUAACUGCUGCCUUAGAUUUAACCCUUAAUUUCCUUUCCUGUAUGCCUAAUCCUCAGAAACCCUUGUUGAUGUUAAAUAUGGCAAAAUGUAAAAAAAAAAAAAAAAAAAAAAUCUUUUCUUCCCUACAAGGCCAGGGGACAAUUUGAACUUCAAAACACAUGCUUGAAAGAAAGAGGGAAAAGUCAGCCAAGCUAUUAGGCUAUGGCACA